AGUUUUGGAAGUGAGCAUUUACACGCUGCUCAGGAUGGCGUUUAUUUGGCAGCUGAUCUCCGCGGCCAUCUAUAUAGUGGGAUCGCUCACCAUAGCCGCAUUCCUGUACGACAACCUGAAGUCCUUGAUCAGCAUCAUCAAGGCUGUUCUGGAACCCUUCUUUCAGCCACAAUUGCCAAGGUCUUUGGUGGAGAAAUUCGGUCAAUGGGCAGUGGUGACUGGUGCUACCGAUGGCAUUGGAAAGGAAUACGCCAGGGAACUCGCUCGUCAGGGUCUCAACUUGGUACUCAUUUCGAGGACGAAGGAAAAGCUGAUUGCUGUCUCCAAUGAGAUUGAAAGCCAAUACAAAGUGAAGAUCAAGUGGAUUGUUGCAGAUUUCGCCAAGGGACGCGAGGCGUACGAUCACAUAGAAAAAGAACUGGUUGGAAUUGACGUUGGCAUUUUGGUAAACAAUGUGGGCAUGGCCAUUGAAUCCGAUACCUUUGAUCAGAUUCCGGAGGAUCUGCUGUGGGAUCUUCUCACCGUCAACAUGGGAUCGGUUACCAUGCUCACCCGCAAGAUUCUUCCCCAGAUGAUUGCCCGCCGCAAGGGUGCCAUUGUCAACCUGGGAUCCUCCUCGGAACUGCAGCCCUUCCCCUACAUGACCGUUUAUGCGGCCAGCAAGAAGUUCAUGACCUUCUUUUCCAAGGGCCUGGAGGCGGAGGUGGCCGAGCACAAUAUCCAUGUCCAGCUGGUGAUGCCCGGCUUUGUGAGAACCAAUAUGACUGCCUCGGCCAGUAAGGUGAUCCAGGAAGGGCUGCUUUUCCCCAAAGCCUAUACCUUUUCCCGCUCCGCCGUCUUUACACUGGGAAAAACGAGCGAGACGAACGGUUUCUGGACCCAUUCGGUUCAGUACGCAAUCGCAAAGCUGGCUCCCCAGCCGAUACUCACAUACGUUUUCCAUAGACUUUUCAAGCGAAUGAGCCUUGCAAGGCUCGAGCAAAAACAAAAGAAACCGGACCUGUUGUAACUUUUGAGGCUAU